CAUGCCUUGCUGAUGCCGAUGCCGAUGCUGCUCGUGUGCUGAUUGCGUACAUCAUUUUCCUUCUCUCGUUCUCACGUCUUCUUUCGUGAAUCCACAGUACCUACCUUGCUUCAGUUAUUCCUCUACACAGCCGCCUAGUGUUUGAAGCCUAGAAUUGACGUGCAUUUCCUUAUCACGGCUGUCUCUGGCAUUUCGCCACGCCAAUCUGGCUGACCCGGACGUUGCUGAUUCUGCAAUUCCCUCAUAAUUUCUGCUUGCUUCGUUGACACCGACCAAGCCUGCGCCUGGCGAGUCGGCUUAUUUCGGACGCUCAAUGCUGCCAUAAUUCUUGCCAUGUCGCAUGCUACUGGACCAGACUUCCUCAAGCCUCGACGGAAAUCCGCAUUCCGAGAAGUAGGUCUCACCGAAGAGGACGAUGUUGCUGGAUACCCGCGGUUGAGCCAUAGACGACCGGCGUUGAGAGUCAGGUUCCGGAGCGAAGACGACAUUUUCGAGCAUACGACGCUUGAGAAAGAAGAGAAGGAAGAGGACGACGAGUGGGAGGAUAUAUCGGCAUCUUCCUCUGAGGAUGAAAGGCCUGUCAUGGUCGAGAUACCAAGACAUCAUGCACCGGCCGUGUCCUCCGAUCGAUGUGCCCUCGUGGUUUUUGUCGUUCUCAUAUCGAUACUGAUUGCGCAAGUAGUGCCGAUGGGCAAGAGCAGACUGUUGACAGCCGAAGCGGCUCCACCCAGGAACGCAUACUCGAAUCCAGAACGUGCACUGGACAAGCGGCAGGGCUACAAUCCUACGGACUGGUGCAAGAAAUGGAGCCAGCAGAGCGCCAUUGUCAACGGAACUCUGUUCUUGUACGGCGGCCGCAAGACGACAUCCUCGAGUCAGACCAGCAAUACCUGGAACAACGACUUCCUCACCAUCGACCUCACAAGAACGUGGCAGAUCUCUUCGCCGCAGAUGAACGCACUGCCACAACCGUCAGGCCCGCCACCGGUUGCAAAUGGCUACCUGUGGAAUUCGCACGAGUCACUCUACUUGUACGGGGGAGAGUUCUCGGAUGACCCGCAAGGCACGCCGACCGCGAACUCGCUCUGGGAGUAUGACAUCCAGUCGCAGAGAUGGGUCGAGCAUGACAAUCCCCAGACGUCUGCGGGGAAAAAUUCAGAACCCGCCGGCGAACCGAUCCAACGAGCUGCAGAGGGCGCAGGGUUCAGCUUGGCAAAUCUCGGUCGUGGAUGGUAUUUCGGUGGCCAUCUGGACUUCUUGACCACGCAGGGUUGGUCGAUCCAGACGCCGAGGAUCUACCUAAAGUCUUUCGUGGAGUUCACGUUUCCCGGUGUCAGAAACCCAGAGCUGUCAUCUGAGACCGCCGGCACCGAUGGCGAGUGGCGUAACAUGACGUCGGCUGGCAUUCAAGAUACGGCAGGGUUCACGCAACGAGCGGACGGAAUACUGGUCUACGUGCCUGGGUUUGGCGACGAAGGUAUACUGCUGAGCUUGGCAGGAGGAACAAACGAUACCUUUACGCAAAUGAACGAAAUAGACGUGUUCGACAUUGCUGGGUCGCAGUGGUACCGCCAGGCCACCAGCGGGACGACGCCAAAUAUUCGAGUAAAUCCGUGUGCGGUGGUGGCUGCUGCCGCGGACGGUUCUAGUUACAACAUCUACAUGUUCGGCGGGCAGAACCUCAUUCCGUACGGCAAUCAGACGCAGUACAACGACAUGUGGAUCCUGUCGGUGCCUUCGUUUACCUGGAUCCAAGUCAAUAUGGACGGCCAGUCGGUACCGUACGGUCGCUCCGGCCACACUUGCAACAUCUGGGACGGCCAAAUGGUCAUGGUGGGAGGCUACACUGGGCAGGAGAAUGCACUGACGUGCGAAACGCCUGGGAUUUACGUGUUCAACACCAGCUCGCUGCAGUGGACAAACCAGUUCACCGCUCUGAGUGCGGGGGCAAAGGACAACCCGUUUUCGCAGCAGGACACGCAGAAGGGCGCCGGUGCUGGCGCUGGGCUGGAGGGUAGUUACGACUACCAAGUCCCAGCCGUAGUACGGUCCGUCAUUGGGGGAAAUGGGAACGGUGGCGCGACCCUGACCACGCCCGCUAAUGCGGCGACUGCAGGACCGCUGGCCAGCGGGAAGCCGAUCACGUAUACGGUAUCCGGUGGCGGUUCGACCACGAUCGGAGGCGGUGCGGUCUCGGACAGCGCUUCUAACAAGGGUGCGGUGAUCGGUGCGAUCGUGGCGGGCGUUGUCGGUUUCAUUCUUCUACUUCUCGUCGUCUACUUCGCCAUCUGCGUCGUCAUCUAUCGAAAACAGCUCGCGCUGUACCGUCAGCACGUCGCGCUCAUGCAGCAGCAGCAAGCGGACAAGGAAGGAUCCGCCAACGCCUCGCUGUACACUUCAAAUUCACCUACCUGGUCGCGAAGACCGUACGCGGGGCAGCACGAGAGCUUGAUCGGGCCGUACCAUCGACCGUCGCACUCGCAGGACACGACGGGGACGGGAAGUCACCAGCUAACGAGCUCAAGUCCGAAUAGCAGCACGGAAGAUUUGAUGGAAGGUCUCCAGCCUAGCUUCUGGGGCUGGAAUGGUGUACUUCUCCACCCAAGGAGGAGCUUGCGAAUCGUGAAUCGCACAGAAGAGGGCCCUCAAAGAAGGGACAGUGAGUAAAAGCUGGCUGGGUUCGUCGAGCAUAUCUGUAAUCAUUGCACCAUGUUUCUGCUUACGUACAGUCCCUUGGGUUUGUUUUCUUUGGUGGCGCCGUUUCAAUGCCUGGUCGGAAGGAGAAAAAUAAGGGAAAAGCCUGUAACGCGGCCGUCUUUUGCUCUAAUUGUGAGGUAGAUGGGAGCUCGGGAAAGUCGGCAUUUGUUUCCAUUAUACCAUGUACAUAUAAUGGCUGAGAACACGUCCUCAUGCGUACUACGAACAUAGCGUAAUCCA